GCGAACCAGAUUCUCUUCGUUAACUAGUCCAAUUUGAACUUGACGAUCCGUGUUGUUUCGCCAUCUACACAGAUUCCUAGCUGCGGAGAGCGCUGCUUCUGGUUGAUUCUCACGUUAUGUGCAAGUUCAUCAGCUGCUAGUGUUGACUUCGGUGGCUGUAUUGCUGUUCGAGAAUUCGCUUGACUCCGAUCACUUCCAUCAUAAACCCGUUGGCGGCAUAAGUUAGCUGAUCUUUCUUGGAUCCGUAGUCAGGUUCAUAAAAUCUCCUUAAUCUCUUUCAUUCGCAACGUCUAGUUUCGCACCGGUAUGCUCGAUCGCGACUCCCUAUGUCACACCCUCCAAGUUCGCGCGAGCAGAAAGAAAACCAACGGAACCUAGCCUCACCGCGAGCCUUCCGUCGCUCGCACUCCUCUAGUUUCGCCAACGAUCCGCAGAUUGGUAACAGCGGCUCUGCGAAUUCGUUCGCUUUAGGCGACAUUCUCAGCAGCAGCAGCAGUUUCAACAGCACGGGCAGCUUGAGCAGCUGCAGCAGCUUCAACAGCUCGUCCGCUUCGACCAUGGAUGCGGAAAAACCGAUUCCCACAUCUCGCGUGCCCGACGAUCGGCAGAAGCUGCUGAGCGGCGGCUCGAGUUCGCACGCGUCGCUCACGUCGCACGCCAUGGACGUGGAGGAGGGCGUGCGACUGCCGGAACCAGCGAGACGCACGCCGUCGUCGGCUUACAAGAGCGGCAAGGAGGCGUUCCUCGCGGUGCUGCACAGCUGGGCUACAAAGCGGUUCAUGAGUGGAUGCGCCAUCCUCUUCCCCAUCGCCAUCACCUUCUACAUGACGUGGUGGUUCUUCACCUUCGUGGAUGGCUUCUUCUCCCCCAUCUACCGCCACGUGUACGGCAUCGACAUACUGGGUCUCGGGUUCAUCACAACCAUCUCCUUCAUCUUCUUCGUGGGCGUGUUUGUGUCGUCGUGGGUGGGGUCGUCCGUGCUGUGGAUUGGCGAGUGGAUCAUCAAGCGCAUGCCUCUCAUGAAGCACAUCUACUCGGCUUCCAAGCAGAUCAGCAACGCCAUCUCGCCAGAUCAGAACGUGAAUGCGUUCAAGGAGGUGGCCAUCCUUCGCCAUCCGCGCAUAGGGGAGUACGCCUUUGGCUUCAUCACCUCCAACGUCACCCUUCAGCUGGAGUCAGGCAGUCAAGAGGAGCUGCUGAGUGUGUACGUGCCCACGAACCACGUGUACAUCGGAGACACCUUCCUAGUGCCCGAAUCUGACAUUAUUCGCCCCAACCUCUCUGUGCGAGAAGGCCUUGAGAUUGUGGUCUCGGGGGGAAUGUCGAUGCCGAGGGUUAUUCAACCCGCGUGUAGAUCACCAGUAAUGAAGGGGAUGAUAGGAUUCGACUGAUUCGUGGUACAGGUUUCUAAUCGUCACAACCAUCUACGCCUUCCAAGUUUAUAGCUCAACCAAAUCCAUGAUAGUGCCGACUAGUGAAUCUCCAUUAGUGUACGUCAUGGUCUGGCCUGUUGUGGUAUAUUUCAUACUUAGCAUUUCUGUAAUUUGUUUAUCGAAUCUCACUGUAGAAGAUAAGUCCGUAGGAUGACGUAGGCAAAUAGCGCUCGUCAUUGGACAGUCGUUUCAGUCACGCGAAUAGUCGCUCGGACCUCUUCAUUGUCAUUUAGGGUGCAAAGCGCGAUAGUGACGAACAGGUACAUUACGGAACUGGUACUUUCCUAGAGCUAUAAAUAUUUGUUUUGUCCUUUCAUUAUUAACCUUGA